UACAACGUGACGUACUUUGCAGGUCGAUUUACGAAGAGGGUGUGUAACUGCGAGAGUUCUUAAUGUUAGGAUGUAAGUCAGACUGAGAGAGCAAAGCACCAGACGAAGCUGCGCGAACUGACGGUCUGACGCGCACGAGAGCAUGAGGAGCAGCAGUCAGUGUGAACGCGGAGCAGCUCAGAGCGCGAUGAGGCCAGCGCACAACUCAGCCCUGAUGCUCGGGGUCCUCUUCAUCACCUUCAUACCCAUCACCACAAGUGCUCCAGUGCUCUUGAAUCCAUCUUCAAUAGAGCAUGAGCAGUUACUAACCCAGAUAACUGAUCUGUGCUCGUUCUACCUCUCUGCAGACCCAUCCUUUAGAGUGAGUAAUGUACUGGAGGACCUGUGUUUCCUAAUGCUGGGAUCACUGCAAAAAUCGAAGGAGAUUACAGCUCGAGAGACUAGCAAAAGAGAUGACCUUCAAGGGCCCGGACGGAUCCAGAGCAGAGGGUACUUCCUUUAUCGGCCACGAAAUGGAAGAAGAUCUGAUGAGUAUGUGUAAAAUGAU